UGAGCUGAGCACCUGCUGAGCAACAUCACAAGACAAACAAAGACGCUGCAAGACAAAACCGCUGUCGACUGUCACCAUGAAGGCUGCUCUCGCCACCAUCGCUGUCCUCAUCCUGGCUCUCGGCUGCACCUCUGAGGCUGUGCAGGUUGAAGAGAACGGAUUGACUUUGUCUCUGGCAGCCGUCAAGAGGCUCCAGGAGCUGAUGGAGAGCAGCGACGUGACAGGACAACAAAGCCCACGACUCAGGGCGAGCUCUGCGUCCGUCUGUGCCGACCCCAUGCUGCCACAGGAGCUCCUGCCCCUCUGUAGGCAGAGGGCAGCAUCCGCGUCCCUCGGCAGACUAGCUUUGGUUCCCAUGGACGUCUGUGAGAUCUGCGCCUUUGCUGCCUGCACUGGCUGCUAAACAAAUGCAGCCAGAAACAUCUUGCCCAGCUUAAGACUUGUGAUUCUUCUCCUCCCCCCUCAAAACUAUAUCAGGGACUUUCUCAAAUGUUUGCCUGCAAUGUUGAGAUGAUGACUUUAUGUUCCCUGAACACAGAGGCUCUGACUCUGGCCCAUUGGGUACUUUAUACAUUUUAAAGUUGCCGUUAGACAUAAAACUACCCCAAACACAAAUCAGACAAACUGAGGUAUGUUGUUUUGUAAACUGUUAAUUUGUUACCAUACAUUAUAAUUUUGGAAUUGACACUGUUUGUUACAUUUCUAUCUUACCAAGCUUUGUACCGUACACAUAUUUAAAAUAGAAGUUUCUUUUUUCCUCAUGUUUCUUCUUUUUUAUUACCAUUGUUUUGAAUAA